AUGACGACGAGGAGAAGGCACAGGAGUUUAGGCACUUUUUGUACAAAUCGACGAAAAACAACGACACCAUUCAGCGUCGCUUCUGAUUCAUCUUCUUCGUCUUCUUCUUCUUCUUCGGGAGGAGAAGAGACGAAGCAUUCUCUCCGCGACGAGAAAGAGACGAAGGAGAGGACGAUUUCGGCGGCGACGACGAAAAAUAUGAAAACCGGGGUGUUAAACCGAGUCCCGAACGUGGCGCAAUCGAAGGAUAUUCUCUUGAGCGGUUUGAAACGCUCGUCGAGAAUUACGCACACGUCUGGGUUACGCGUGCCUUUGUUAAAGGAGAGAAACAAGUCGGCGAAACAACUGGACGGGUUAACGACCGCGCUGUGUAAACCUUUAGGGGAGUACGUGAAAGGAUUUCCGAAAAUUGAUCGGUUGCAUCCGUUUGAGAAAGCGUUGUUAGAGUUAACGGUGGAUCCGGAGACGUACGCGAAGACGAUCAGCGAGGUGGACCAGGCGAGGAAAUCGAUGUUGACGAUGGGGAAAGAGUACUCGUCGAGGGCGAAGAACGGCAAGACGGAAAAAGAGACGAAAGCGGUCAGGGAAGAAGGCUUUAAAAAUAUGGAGGCAAGGUUCGUAAAGUCGCAAGCAAAGUUUGAAAAGUUGAAGGAGAUGGCGAAAAAGUUGAGACGAUUGCCGGUGGCGGAGUUGGAGACGCCGACGGUGGCUAUGGUCGGGGCUCCAAACGUAGGGAAAUCGAGUCUCGUGAGGAGUGUCUCGAGCGGAGUGCCCGAGGUGAACAAUUAUCCGUUCACGACGAGAGGGGUAAUCAUGGGACAUUUUUUCAUCGAAGACAGACGGCACGUGGUGACGGAUACUCCCGGGUUGAUUUUUCGAGUGGACGAAGAGCGAAACAAGAUUGAACGAUUAGCCAUCGCGACUUUAGAACAUUUACCGGUGUGCGCGGUGUUCGUGACCGAUUUGAGUGGGUUGAGCGGAACGAGCGUGGAAGACCAAUUGGCGUUGCGAGAGGAAUUGCGCGAAAGGUUUGCGAGCCGACGACCGUGGUUGGACGUUUUGAGCAAGUGUGAGUUAGUCCCCGCUUUAGGCGGGAAAUUGGACGAGAGUUUAGAGAGCACGUGGACGGAGAAGGAUGCGAAAAGUACCGAGGCAGCGGCAAAGAUGUUGAAAGAAAGCGGGGCGAUGGUGACGUCCGUAGUCGAUGGGGUUGGUAUCUCCGAGUUGAAAGCAGUUUUAGAGGACGAGCAGUUAUACGAUUCGAUUUUGGAGUUGAAGAGGAGUAGAUUUCGUAGCGAUAACGAGGACGACGACGAGGAGCAACGAUAA